GUUUCUGGGAUUAGUAGAGAAUAUAUCUGGUCAGGUUUCUGGGAUUAGUACAGAAUAUAUCUGGUCAGGUUUCCGGGAUUGCUACAGAAUAUAUCUGGUCAGGUUUCUGGGAUUAGUACAGAAUAUAUCUGGUCAGGUUUCCGGGAUUGGUACAGAAUAUAUCUGGUCAUGUGACUAAUGUUUCUGGAAUUGGUAGAGCGUGUAUCUGGUCAGGUACUGGUAAAGUGUGUAUCGAUUAUGGUACUGAGGUAAUCAAUGGAAAGAACACAAUUCACGGUGAACUGAGUACAGUCGUUGAAUCCUGAUUUCACAUUGGGUCUUGUGGUGGUCUUUACGACCUGUCAUGGCAUCUUACAAAUUAGCUACCCCCUGAUUCAUAAAUAUUGAACUUUUAAUGCCUUCGAUUUUCAGAUGAAUGACUGGAGACUUAAGCCUCCUUGAUAGCUUUAAUUCACUCUCACUCGCUGAACCGCUGUGUUUAUAUAGAACUUUACCCUCUGUGACACCAUUCCUAGAUGACUAAAUUGAUACCCGCCUUCGCAAGUUGGUGUGUCAUAACACAAUUCACCAGGAGUAAAUCCAAACACAGAACAGGCCUAUGCUUACUGAAAAAUGACCUCAUUCACUGAAUGGUUUUCAGGGCUGACUACUUACCUUCACGCAUGCCUGGGCAUGAAUUCAGGUUGAAGAAAUUCCUGUCAUACGCACAAUAACACGGUGGAGUCAGUCAUAUAUAUAAACCCGGUAAUUGAAGGAAAAUGGCAGAGUGCGAGAGUAUGAACGGACACACUAAUGGAACAAUGACUAACGGGCAUUCGGACACAGAGACGGACAAACAGAGUGAAAGCUCGACCACAUCAUCUACACAGAACCUCACCAGGGAUCUCCCUCCAGUUCCAAAAAUAGAAUACCCACCCCCACUUCCUAAGGAUCCACCACGAACAGAGAAGCUUCCUCCCAGAAUACGCACAAGUAGACCACCUGGCAACACUCUUACGAAAUUCAUUCCCGAAAAUGAAAUAACGAUACCCAAGGAUGGAAACCUCUCAUCUUUUAACACGGAGGAGAUGGUGACAUUCUUCCGUCACAUGGGGGUGGAAGACAGAAUUGUGAAUCAUUUACAGAGAAAGGGACUCACUGGCAAAAAGUUCUCUUCCCUCAAAGACACUGAUCUAGAUACAAUCGGAAUCAAGAAUCCCAUUGUGUCGUAUUUCAGGGACAAAAGUAAACCCUCCAAAAAGAACCUGCCUUUCAUGCUGUAAAACAACGGAAAAUGUUUAUAUUUCAACACCAAACUUGUAUAUAUCACCGUGGAAGUGCAAUGGUGCUGUGAUGUCCGAUAUUAAGGUUGUCAGAUAAGAGGUGUCCAUUGAAUGUAGAGUUAACGGUCUCUUUGUGGUGUUCAGCUUAACGCAAUAUGCAAUGGGUUGUUGUUGUUUUUUUCUGUCCCGUCUGUGUCUUUUCAAAGACUUGGCAUUAUAUAAUAACUAUAAUUUAUGAUCAACAGUAUCGAACAAUUCGGAGUCUGGACAUUGAACUACAAUGUCAGGAAUGGAUUUUGGUAUAAUCCGUUCACGUUAUGUGCCAAAUAGUUCAUUUACCAAUUGUAUAAACGAACUCAUUUUUAACAUGGAAAAUACUGGAUAUAUUGACAAAUUAAGUUUAAGACUGAAGAAAGAAUGAAAAUAACAAGUUAUACAUGUAAAGAUAGAAGAGAUAAAUUUAUUCUGUAACCGAGAAUGCGAUGUGCAUGUACAUUAUUGAGCUCUGAAAUACCCGUAUAUAUAUUCAUAUCUUAGACCUCUAACCUCGUAACGUUUGGUUAAUAUCCAUAUUUACAGUUUUAAAUCAUCGUAAAAUGACUCAUAACAAUAUCAAAAGUGCAGGGUGUUUCUGUAUGAAUGUGAUCUGAAUGAAAUCCAGCUGUGAUACCUCGCAAUGACAAAGCGGUGAUACGAGAAGUGACUUGUUUUAUUCUGCUCAAUUGUUACAUUAUACAUGCAUAUUCUACUGUACUAUAUUAUUAUUAUUAUAUUAACCAAUUGAUAUAGUCUUAUAUCUUUAUAUAAAAUAUCAAAUAAACCGCCAAAAUUUUGUUUUA